GCGCAUCGACAUUGCUCGACUCGACAUCGACGUGAUGUGAGCAUCAUGGCGGCUAGAGUGUUUGGCUCGAUCCUGCGUAAAAACGCAGGAUUUUUCGGCGCCGGCAGAUUACUGGCGCAGAAUAAUGCCCCGGCGAUCAUCGACGUCCAGCAUCGUAAGGCCCACCAAUGGAACCCGGACAAGGAGUUCCUCGAGCAGUACAACAAGCCGGUGAUGUACGCCACGGAGACGCUCGACUGGACGCCGCCGGAGAAGGAGUCCAUGCUGGCGCCUCCCCCCAUGGCGGAGCAAGUCAUACAGAAUGUGAAGCUUAACUUCGGGCCGCAGCACCCGGCCGCCCACGGCGUGCUCCGGCUGAUCCUGGAGCUCGACGGCGAGAUCGUGAUCAACGCCGAUCCGCAUAUCGGCCUCCUGCACCGCGGCACGGAGAAACUGAUCGAAUACAAGACCUACAUGCAGGCGCUACCCUACUUCGACCGCUUGGACUACGUGUCCAUGAUGUGCAACGAGCAGUGCUUUUCGCUGGCGAUCGAGAAGCUGCUGAACAUAGACGUGCCUCUGCGCGCAAAGUACAUUCGAGUUCUCUUCGGGGAGAUCACGAGGAUUCUGAACCAUAUUAUGGGCGUUGGAACGCACGCGCUGGAUAUCGGCGCCCUCACGCCCUUUUUCUGGCUGUUCGAGGAGCGCGAGAAAAUGAUGGAGUUCUACGAGCGCGUGAGCGGCGCCCGCAUGCACGCAGCCUACGUACGGCCCGGCGGUGUCGCUCUCGAUCUACCGUUGGGUCUGAUGGACGACAUAUACGACUGGGCGUCCAAGUACGCCGAACGAUUGGACGAGGUGGAGGACCUGUUGACGGCCAACAGAAUCUGGCGGCAGCGCACGAUCAAUAUCGGUGUCGUGUCCGCGGAGGACGCGCUCAAUAUGGGCUUCAGCGGCGUGAUGUUACGUGGCUCUGGAAUUAAAUGGGAUCUGAGGAAAGUUGCGCCCUACGACGCCUAUCAUCUGGUCGAUUUCGACAUUCCGGUCGGCACGAACGGCGACUGUUACGACAGAUAUCUGUGCCGCCUCGAGGAGAUGCGACAGUCGCUGCGCAUCAUCCACCAGUGCUUGAAUCAGAUGCCGCCGGGAGAGGUGCGAUGCGACGACGCCAAGAUCGUGCCGCCGCGGCGGGAGGAGAUGAAGAGCAGCAUGGAGGCGCUUAUCCAUCACUUCAAGCUGUACACCCAGGGUUUCCAAGUGCCGCCGGGUGCGACGUACACCGCGAUCGAGGCGCCGAAGGGCGAGUUCGGCGUUUACCUCGUCAGCGACGGCAGCAGCAAGCCGUAUCGGUGCAAGAUCAAAGCGCCGGGCUUCGCUCAUCUGGCGAGUCUGCAGCACAUCGGACCCAAGCACUUCCUCGCCGACAUAGUCGCCAUCAUUGGCACGCUGGACGUCGUGUUCGGCGAGAUCGAUAGAUAAUUUCCUGAAAUUUGCUCGACAAUUUGUAUAGCGUAGAAAUAUAAAUUAAAAAAAAAACAAGAUAACAAAA